AUGGACCAUCUUCUUCAUCUUGUGCACGUCAAGAUUCUUGCUGCGGACCUUCUCUCUUUAACCAGACAGCACACUUCACCACCGGCGUUUCUCCGCUGUGGCCGUACGGUUGCUCGUGCAGAGCUUGUUGGAAUUGUUGUCUCGCGUGACCUCAGGGAGAAGUUCCUCAGCUUCGUGAUCGAUGAUGGCACUGGGUGUGUACCGUGCAUCCUGUGGUUAAACCACCAAUACUUGAAUGCUAGCACAUCCUCUGGGUCAUCAGAAUUUGAUCCUACUACGGAGAUGGCGUUGAAAAUGUCAGAGGAGGUGCGUGUAGGCACUCUUUUGAGGGUCCGAGGAAAGAUUGCCACAUAUAGUGGUGCGAUCCAGAUUACUGUUAGAGAUGUGGUUGUGGAGAAGGACCUGAAUUCGGAGGUGUUGCAUUGGUUACAAUGUGUUAGCUUGGCCAAGGAGUGCUAUGAUCCGCCACCACCUUCUGCUCAAGGUGGCACUUGA